UCCCAGCAGAGCGCCAGUGAAUUUAUGGACGGACCAGCAACCCUUAAUGGUUCCCAUCAGAACCACUAAAACCGUCAUCAGACCGGCGAGGAUCCUACGGCGGCCGCAUGCAGCUGACCCUCCCCAAACACUCAGCGGAGACACUGUGACCGAGCUCCCAGGAGAGAACAAGUUCGGCUUUUACUCAAGUUUCUCCACUCCGCUCGUCCAGCUCCUCCGGGAUACUUUUGUUCCUGACUCUUCCUCUCGUUUCACUUCCACUAGUUCAUCUCCAGUUUUUAUUCGAGCGAGUUUGGCGGUUCAUGAUCACAAAUGUUAGCGGUCGGGCAGAUGGAGGCUAACCGGCAGAGUGCUUUCGUCCUGGGCAGCACCCCGCUGGCGGCCCUGCACAACAUGACCGAGAUGAAGACGUCCCUGUUCCCGUACGCGCUGCAGCAGAGCCCGGCCGGCUUCAAGGCGCCUCCGCUCUCCAACCUGAACUCCCAGCUCUCCGGGGGGACCCCGCACGGAAUAAGCGACAUCCUGGGGAGACCCAUCACCACCGCCGGGCAGCUGCUGUCCGGGUUUCCGCGGAUAAACGGCCUGGCUACCACCGCGGCCGCUGCGGCGGCGGGGAUGUACUUCAGCCCGGCGGUGUCUCGGUACCCGAAGCCCCUGGCCGAGCUGCCGGGGAGGGCGCCCAUCUUCUGGCCCGGGGUGAUGCAGGGGUCUCCGUGGAGGGACCCGCGGGUUCCUUGUCCAACUCAGGCAAACCUAAUGGUGGACAAGGACGGCAAGAAGAAACACUCCAGACCGACUUUUUCAGGACAGCAAAUUUUUGCACUGGAGAAAACUUUCGAACAGACAAAAUACCUGGCCGGUCCAGAGAGAGCCCGGCUGGCCUACUCUUUAGGAAUGACCGAGAGUCAAGUCAAGGUUUGGUUCCAGAACAGAAGAACCAAAUGGCGGAAGAGACACGCAGCAGAAAUGGCCUCGGCCAAGAAGAAGCACGACUCUGAGACGGAGAAAAUGAAGGAGAGCUCGGACAACGAGGACGACGACGAGUACAACAAACCACUGGACCCAAAUUCAGACGACGAGAAAAUCACGAGACUGUUGAAAAAGCACAAGGCCACCAACCUGGCGCUGAUCAGCCCCUGCAGUAACAGCUCGGACACCUUGUGAUGCCCACAGCUGGGGGGCAAAGUCGGGGGGACCGGAGGGUCCAAGAGACAGAGACUUGUCGCACUCUUUCUGACCCCAUUUCCACCUGACACCACCGACAUGCGUCUGAGGGGAAUCGCAUUUUGCUCAGACGAAUGCGUAAAAACCAAGCGUGCGCCAAGACGCACGGAGGACUCGCUCAGCAAAACGUGGCCAGAGACGCAUUUGAUUGCAUCCAAAGCCACAUGCAGACUCUGUGAACACGGAGCUAUAACUCCUGUCAGAACUGGACUUCAAGAAGACUCACAAUGACGAGCUUAUGCCAGUUGAAAGGACAAUUAAUUUUGUGGAAGGAAAUAGUUUUGGCGACGCAAAUCGGUUUUUACGCAUACAAAGUGGAGUUUUAACAAGAGGUGUAAAUGUAAACAAAAUAUUAUAUACACACAGUCCGGAUCAGUGUUGACCUCAUCAGCGUGACUUAUUACUUUUAGGCCACAAGUAAAGCUGAGUUCAUCCAGUAUAAUUCAUGACACUUGUUACAUUAUUUUCCGUUAACAGCCAGACACCUUUAGAAGUAAAGGAAGGUAUUCCUUUACUCUGACUGAGAUCCACUGAAUAUUUUUUUUAUUAAUUUGAGAUAUAUAUAUUUUUUAGUAUUUAUAAUAAUAUCAUUUAAAGAUAAAUGCUCAUUCUUUUUUAUUUUAAAGUGAACACACGUUUCAGAUAAUUCAGCGCUAUUGCGAUUUGAUUUGUUUAAACAAAAGCAGACAUUUGUUUAAUGGUUUUAAAAGGUGACUCGAAGUUUUUAAUGAUACAUUGUGAGCCAACACUGAUCCGGAUCCCAGACGCAUGUUUCACUCGGCAGGUGUAAACGGGGCCUGUGAUGCUUCUAAAGCUCACUUUAACCAGGGUAUCCACUGUCCUACAAGGCAGGAGAAUAAAACGUUCUGGAGUGGGCGCAGGUUGGACAUGAGGAGAUGAUUCGUUCUGUAGCCUGCAGAUGAGGUUGUAUAUAUUUUUUACUGAAUAAAUUAUGUUGUGUGAAGCAGUGGAAACGUGGCAGCCCUGACGCGCUUAUCCCCCUCAGAUAUACCUGCUGCUUCCUUUUCAUUCCUGCAGCGUCACGUCGCCUCUUUUUUUUUCUUCACCCCUUUUCUUGAAUUCUCCACACCGGCACACAAAUGUAUAGACGCAAGAAAAAAAAUAUGCUGUAAAUAAUCACUGUUUAAAAAAGAAAAGAAAAGCAGCUUGUUUUAACGACAUCACUUUGCUUUGGUUUCAUUUGGAAGAUUGUUUUACCUCAUCACGCAGCGGAAUAGAAAACUGGAGCUUUGUUUCUGUUUGAUCUAAAGAGAGUAUUAUUGCUUCCCUGAAGGUUAUUGGAAGAAAAAAAACUUUGUAUUAUGAAUAAAUUAUUUAACAAGCA